AUGGUACAAGGUGGUAAAAAGUCCCCAGAGGUGCGAGUGCUGGUUGCUGACAAAGAAAAAUGGGGGGAAAAAGGCUGCAUGUGCUUAAAAACAAAGUGUGAAAGAAAACAGCAUGAAAGAAAAAAUGUAGUCAAGGUCCAGCUUAUGGACCUUUACAAAAGACCUGAAGACUUAAGCAUGUGGGGGCAUUCAAUGACAGUUCAAGAUUACCAAGACCUUAUAGAUAGAGGAUGGCGAAGAAGUGGGAAGUAUGUCUACAAGCCCAUUAUGAAUGAAACAUGUUGUCCUCAGUAUACAAUAAGAUGUCAAGUUCUGCAUUUUCAACCUUCCAGAUCUCACAAAAAAGCUCUGAAAAAAGUGCUGAAAUUUCUUUCUAAAGGAGAUGUUUCAAAAAUGGCUGGUGAAGGAAAGAAUUAUGAAGAGCCUAUGGAUUCCCAUGGAGGGGAUGCAGUUGCCAGUGAUUUCAUGUUAAGAAGUGCUUCUGAUGUCAGUCAGCCUGAACUGACACCCCUGCAAGUGGAAUCUGAAGAGAAGGUGGAGACUGAAAUCCAGGGAAAAGAAGAAAUGGACAAAGAUGUAGCUGAGGAGAAAGUAGAAUCUGGAUCUCUCCAGACACAUGCAAAGGAGGAGACGCCUGAGUCCAGUGAACCAUCCAAUUCAGCUAAAAAUGUCCACGCAACACCAAAACCAGGCAAAGGGGCUGAUUUGAGCAAGCCACCCUGUCGAAAAGCAAAAGAUAUACGGAGGGAAAGAAAAUUGCAGAAACUACUUCAGAACCAGACACGCAUGGUUGAAGACCCUCUACAUCAAGUGGAGCCUCAGGUUUUACUUUCUGAAACCUCAGAAUCCAAGCCAAAUCAAGCAAAAUGCAUUGAAGAUUUCAUUUUUAGCUCUUUACCUGAGGAUGCCGUACACCAGCUAGAGGUGAGGUUGGUGAGAUCAUCUCCACAAAGUUUCCAGUUCAAAGCCACAUUUCAGGAGUCUUACCAGCUCUAUAAACGUUACCAGAUGGUUAUUCACAAGGACCCACCUGAUAAACCAACUAUAAGUCAGGUGAGGUUAGUACCUGUCUCCUCUGAGGACCCACAGUUCAAAUCAUCCUUCAGCCAGUCAGCUGCUUUAUUUGCCAAGUAUCAGAUGGCUAUACACCAGGAUACACCUUCUGACUGUGACGAGCAUCAGUUCACAAGAUUCCUCUGUGACUCUCCGCUUGAGGCAGAGAAUCCUGCUAAUGGACCUGACUGUGGUUAUGGUUCUUUUCAUCAGCAGUAUUGGCUAGAUGGGAAGAUAAUUGCUGUGGGAGUAAUUGACAUUCUUCCAUACAGUGUGUCCUCUGUGUACCUGUACUAUGACCCUGACUAUUCUUUCCUGUCUCUGGGAGUCUACUCCGCAUUAAGAGAGAUUGCUUUCACUAGGCACCUCCAUGAAAUAGCUCCUGAUCUAUCUUAUUAUUACAUGGGUUUCUACAUUCAUUCAUGCCCUAAAAUGAGAUAUAAGGGUCAGUACAGGCCUGCUGAUUUGUUGUGUCCAGAGACUUAUGUCUGGGUUCCCAUUGAGCAGUGUCUACCCUCAUUGGAGCACUCGAAAUAUUGCCGCUUCAACCAGGACUCAAAUGCAGUUGAUGACGGUCGCGUUAAGGAACUGGACCGAGUGAGAGUUCUUCACAAAAGAACCAUAAUGCCUUACAGCGUGUAUAAGAAAAGACAGAAGGGGCCAAGUGAUGAAGCCAGUGUUCAGCAGUAUGCAAGUUUGGUGGGGAAAAUGUGCUCCGAAAGAAUGCUGCUGUUUAGAAGUUGAAGAGUUACUGAAUUGUCCUUCUAGGGAACUAAGUUGUGUUGCACUGUUUUUGGAGAAACUAAUAUAAUACUGGGUUGAGAUGUCUUUUAAAACAGAUCAGUAUAAAAUUAAAAUGCUUGUGUGACUAUAUAGUACUAUAUUUAAGGGCAAACUCCAUUAAUUUGUCAAAAUUUAGAAGUAAGGCUUUAGCGAUACAUAGAAAUCCAAGGUAAACUUGCUUGCAGGAAUUUUUUUAAAAUUAAAGCAUUUGGGCCCUUCUUUACAUCCUGACUAAUUUUAAAGUACCAAAGUGAACUGAAAAACAUUUUUUUUUUCCAUAGAGGCAAGGUAAACAACAUGUUUAUUCUGAAAGCUCUGAAAUAAUAUCUUGGAAGUCUGACAAAAUUGCCAGAGGUAAAUGGGUAACACUUGGAUUAGUACAUUCCUUAACUACUGCAAGAGAGUUGAAGUGUGCAAUUACUUCAUUAUAUGGAAUGCAGCUCUAUUAUAUUAUACUUCAGUAUAAUGCAGUGUAAAUAUAUACAGUGAAGCUUGCAUAAUUUCACUAAACUCUCUUUAUAUUGCUUUUAAAUAGCAUUUAUUGUCUGAGACCAUAGUGGAAUUGGUAAUAGGUUUAUCUGGUAGUGAAGUAAACUUUCCUCUUUACCAGUGAAGCCAAGAAUAUGUGCAUUACAGAUUAUCAAAGAAUGCAACUCAAUGGCAGAAUGGGUUAAUAAUGGUAGGUAUAUCUGUUGACAUGUGGUGCACAUAUGGCUAUGAACCCAACUGAAAAUGAUUUUGGUAGGCUUAUCCUAAAGCUUAUUUGCACACAUUACAAAACCACACUCAAAAACCCUUAGCACUCUUAUGUGAAAUACCUCUGCUACUCUGCAUCAGUGUUCACCUGAAGAGCUGUAUGGAGAAGCUUGCUUGUUAUUUACCUGUGCUGUUGAUGUCCCUGACACUCGUUUACAUUGCAGCCAUCUACCAAUUAACACAGUUAAUGACGUUUUGAAAUAAAUAUUUGUACUAGUUGAAAAUUCAAGAGGUUAUGGUGCUUUGUUAUAAGCACUGUAUUAUCUCUCUAUCCAUGUUAUCAUACUUGUGUGCUUAAGCAGGCUUUGUAGUAGCUGAUACAAUUUUUAGUUGCCUAAUAUUAUAUCAAUCAAUUUUAGUAUCCUAACACUCCAAUACGUUUGGAGUUUGUUAAUCCGUGGCUAAAAGGAUCUAGCCUUUGUACUGAAUCAGAUUGAGGUUACUUAUUAAUCUUUGAGGGAAGUGAUGCCUAUUUGAGAAAAUUGUGUUUAGGUGCCUAACCAGUGACACGAAUUCCUGUGGGAUAAAAAUAGCCUUUAACCGUCAAAGUUUAAAUAUACUACCUUUCAUUAAAUCAAUUAUAUUGAUUUAAUUUUAAAUGCAAAACCACCUACAAACAUUGCCAUUAAUAAUAAAUAAAUCAUUUUAAGUGGAGCCAGUUCUGAAAUUCAGGUGUAAUACAGAACAGAUUAUUUCCCUUCCACGCCCCAAUUUAGGACAGUUAUAGUAUUAUGGGGUUUAAAAAUAAGGCCAUUAACAUACAUAUUCAACGUGAUUACUGCUUUUGAGCUGAUCAAAGUGGCAACUUAUGUUAUCAUUACAUAGGAAGUAAAUGGCCAAUCAAUGACCAUUCAGAAGUAACUUGCAUGUGCUGUAAAAUACACAUAGUUUGCCCAUGUUUUAACUGAUGGCAUCUCCACAAAAGAAUCAUAUGGGCUUCUUGCAAAAGUUACAAAACAAAACAGAACAAAAAACCCGCACUUUACCGAAAGAAUCGGCACGUUACUUGGACCCAGCUCCUCAGUGUGUGUAAAGAUCAGGUGCUUCAGCGGGGCUUUUUGGUGUUUUUAUCUAAUAGCUAAUUCAAUUAGCUAUUAGAUAAAGGUGCCAGAAAAAGUUCCACUAAAGCACCCGAUCUCUACAGACAUUGGGCAAACUGGGCCCAACUAAUACACUGCCUCUUCUGGGCAUGCGCUGGGCUCAAUGUGGGAGCGCACAGAAUUUAAAGUAAAGCACCAGGGUUUGUUGUCUUUUUAAAUAUCUGUAAGCAGCCCUACUCUUGUUUUUGAAUGUGGUACAAACAGUUGAUUUUUCUUUCUAAAGAAGAGAAUACUCUUCCCCUGUUAUGUUAAUGACUCUUUAACUGAAGCAUAGUGAAACUGUAAAUUGCAGUAUAACUCUCUAUCCACCACUUUAUACAACUGUACACCUGCAAAAUAUAUGGAAAUGUAAUAAUAUCCCAAAAUAACUUAAUGUAAUAUGAAAUUAUAUACAUUUUUCAGAAAGGCACCAUCCCAGUGGGGCUUUGAUGUUAAAGCAAGAUUAAGCAGAGGCUUAAAAUUAGAUUUACCAGCUCUGCUGUGUUUUGCUUUCUAGAUGCAUGGAUUUAUUUCAUACUAUGCUUCCUCGUUGUUUGUUGUUCACUUACAGCCGAAACUUAGUCAUGAGUUUUUUUCAAAAGCAUGAAAUGUUGGCCUUGUGCUCCCAUUAAUUUUUGGGGGGAGGAAAAUGCUGAGAGCUUCUGAAAAUCCCAUCCUUAAUGCUCAAAGUUCUUACUGACUUUCCUUCCAGAGAGAGAGAGGAUUUGUUUUGAAAUGUAACAUCCUAUUUCUUUGGGAGAUGCUAAGAGGAGGUACACAACUGAAAACAGUGGGAUAGGCAUGAAACCGAAAGCUGAGGACUUGCCAAGCAUGUUGUUGUCUUGUUUUCCUAUAUGAACUUUGAGAAGAUGCUUCCUCUGACCUCCAUUUAAAUACAGCCAAGUGGGCUUUUGAUUCUUUUUGUUGAACUAAAUUGCUUUAAUCACCUGAUCUAAGAAGUCAAGAUAUGAAUUUUAUUUUUUUAAAUUUCUUUUAGCUCAGGAGGAAAUUACUAGUGCAGUAUUUGUCAGUACUACUUCCUCCGUUCUGAUUUGGAAACUGGUGAAAAAUGCCUGUGGUUAAAUUGUAAGUUUCCUCGCUAGCGUUAGGAGAGCCAGAAUUUUCCCACUGUAUUAUAAAAUCUUAGUUUUAUAAAAGUGAUUUAAAAAAAUUUUUUUUUGGUCAAGGUAAUCUGUACCAAUAACUUCCCAGGAGCAAGAUUGACUUGUUUUAAUCUCUCCAUGGUUACUAAAUAAGCAUAAAAAGAACAUGCAAAAUUAAGUUAGUACAAACAACUAAAUAUUUUAUUUUAGUUAGAAUUAGCUUGGGAGCAUAUUCAUUUCCACCAUCAAAGCUUUUAGCAAAUAUAAAAGAAAGAUUUGCUCGAUCGUUGUUUAUUACUUUUGUAACUGCUUUUUAGCCAGUCUGUUUGACAUUUGAAUACAAUAAAAUAAAAUAAAAUAAAGUGAUUU